AUGUCCCGCCGCCCUACAAAAGGCGACUACAUCGAAACCGACACGGGCAACAAGGUCGCCCGCAAGGCCAUCCUCGUCGGCACGCAAAACAUCAUGCUCGGCGGCAAGACGGUCAUCCAGCCCGAGGUCAUGAUCCGCGGUGACCUGGUGCGCACGGCGCCCUCCUCGUCGUCCUCGGCGCCCACGCCCACGCCCACGAGCUCCACCGCCGUCGCCAUCGGCCGCUACUGCUUCCUCUCGCGCGGCGCGCUCCUCCGGCCCCCCGGCCGCCUCUACAAGGGCGCCUUCACCUACAUGCCCCUCCGGCUCGGCGACCACGUCUUUGUCGGCCACAACACGGUCGUCCAGGCCGCCGCCGUGGGAAGCCACGUCUCCAUCGGGAGCGGCUGCACCGUCGGCGAGUUCGCCAUCGUCAAGGACUACGUCAGGAUUCUCGACGGCGCCGUCGUGCCCCCCUUCAUGGUCAUCCCUAGCUUCUCCGUCGUGGCGGGGAGGCCCGCGAGGGUCGUGGCCGAGCUGCCGGAGGGGGACUUGGACGACUUUGAGCUGCGCGACAUGUACAAGACGGUUGGGAACAAUCCGCACCCGGUUGCGUAG